AUGAGUGACGACCGCGACCCGGCGGUGGUGCAGGCCUUUAAUGGUGCCGGUGGCGAUGAUACUUCCUGCUUGCGGUUGUUCUCGCGUGCAUCGGCUGGCUGUUUUAUUCUAGGCAGCUGGGCUUCACUCGUGGCGCGUGAAUAUGUCAAGUCCACUGCCGUUCUGAAGAACUGGAGCGGAGUGGAUGCCGUCGCCGUUAAUGACAGCAUCACCCGCGAAGUCAUACGUGACUGCCUGCUUCGACGCGGUGUUUCUGUUGAACAAUACGACCGACAGACGAGCGGCGGCAGAUAUGUUUGCAUGCGGCGCGGCUCCCCUGGGCACAUUGCAGACUUCGAAGCAAUGCUCUUUGCCUUCGAAGACGCAGAGAUACAACUCAUGGCAAUUGGGAGUGUGGUUAUUGACGAUAAAGCAAAUAGGGUUAAUGGCCCAGGUGGACAGCACGUCCGGGUGGGUUACGCAGCGCUCAAUACAACACUACGGACACUUACGUACGCGGAAUAUCAUGACACACCACAGUUAACAAACCUUGAUGUGCUUAUGGCGCAGUGUAACCUGAAGCAGCUGCUGUACUCUAACACUGACUUUUCGAUGAAUAAUACGGGUGAGAAGGCUGCAGACUCUGACGAAAGUAGGGAACAGAGUGAUUUGUUACGAGCACUCAAGCAGCUCUGUGAACGAGCGAACAUUACGCUCCAAGAGCGUGGACAAAGUAAUCUACCUCAUGGAAAGCAGAAGUCCAGGGCCACGAAGCGUAACAGCACUGGCCCGAAUGGAGAGCUACUUAGCACGCUCGAAGGGAUUCUUCGCGUGCCGGAAGAUAGACAUGGUUUAAAUAGCUUCCCUCUUGCUUCCAGGGCUUUGGAAAGCCUUCUAGAAUCCGCCAUAGAUCCAUUCGAUUCCACUAAUCAACAUACAUUUUACCUUAAGCAUGUUGUCCCUUCUACGUUCAUGAAGAUGGAUGCGGCAGCCAUCGAGGCGCUGCAUAUAAUCCACCGAAAGCCAGAGGCACGAGGAUCGAUGCCAACGUCUAUUUACUCGUGGUUGAACCGCUGUACUACGGGUAUGGGGUCGCGACUGAUGCAGCAGUGGCUACUCCAACCGUUGCGGAGCAUCGAAGAUAUAAAUCAACGGCUCUCGCUUGUACAGAUAAUGGUGGAGAGUCCAAUCCUAAGGGAUGCGCUGAUCACGCAGGUACUGCGGCGCUGCACUGACAUGGACAGGUUGAACCGAAAGUUGCAACGCCGCACAGUGGCUCUCAAGGACCUGCAAUCUAUUCUUGUCUUCGCUAAUACUGUACCCCUAGCGGUCGAUGUGCUGCGAACAUAUCACGGCGGGCACGACAGCAGCUUACUUUUGAAGGGAUACGUGACACCUCUGGAAGACAUUAGCGAGCAUCUUUCAAAUCUGCGCACGUUGAUAAAUGCAACCGUUGACUUGUCAGAUGAGAAUACCGUGCGUAUUAACCCUGAAUUUGACGAUGACCUCAGCUUCCUGGAGCGGCAGCGUCAGAAUCUUGUGAAGGCGAUUGAAAAAGAAAACCACCGUGUGCUGAAACAGUGCGGAUGGACUGAAAAACAAAUGAAGUGUGAAUAUCACGCUAGUUACGGUUAUGUCUUCCGCGUUCCUCGGAAAGAUGACCACCAGGUGCGCACGAGCAAAGAGUUCAUAACGGUAAGCACAGCAAAGGAUGGCGUACGGUUCGUAUCCGGGCAAUUAUCAUCGCUGAGCGAGCAGUAUAAGGGCAUUACUGAGGACUACAAGACACGUCAGCAGGUCCUCAAAAAAAAGCUCGUUGAUACUGUAGCUACAUACCUCCCGGUCCUUGAUGAUGCGAAAGAGCUACUUGCAGCAUUGGAUGUGUUCGCGGCGUGGGCACUCGUAGUGAAGGAUUCGUCGCGGCCGAUGGUGCGUCCCACCGUGAGGGCACCACAGAGUGAGGAGGUGAAAGGAAACGUUGACAACAACAGCAAUGGUGCUAUUUUGACCAUUGUGAACGCCCGACACCCCCUUGUUGAACUGCGGCAGCCCGCCUUCACACCGAAUACUGUACAACUUACCAACGAGGCCAAUGCCCUUAUAAUAACUGGGCCAAAUAUGGGAGGUAAGUCAACUUUCAUGAGGAGCAUUGGUGUUUGUGUCGCACUCGCCCAAGCUGGGUGCUUUGUUCCCGCGGAUUCAGCGGAUAUUGUUGUCCGUGACGCGAUCAUGUGCCGUGUUGGCGCGACAGACCACCUUGCGCAAGGAGUUUCUACCUUCAUGGUGGAAAUGCUCGAGUCCGCGGCUAUGCUCAACUCCGCCACCCAACAGACUCUGGCCAUUGUAGAUGAACUGGGCCGGGGGACGUCAACGUACGAUGGAUUCGGUCUUGCCUGGGCCAUUGCACAGGAGGUGGCAGUCAACGCAAAGUCUGCACUUCUCUUUUCAACUCAUUUCCACGAAAUGACACAACUUGCGGCCCGACAUACAAACGUGCGGAACGUUCAUUUCGGCGCUGAUGUGGAUACUGCCGCUCGGACCUUACGUUUCUCUUACCAACUUCAACCAGGGCCAUGCGGGCGCAGCUACGGAUUGUACGUGGCGCAACUCGCGCACAUUCCCGACGACGUGCUCGAUUCCGCGCGGCAGAAGGCUGUGGAGUUGGAGGAUUUCGGGGGAGACGAAACCAAGAACCGCGCUCAGGCGCUCUUUUCCACCGCCACGCCGGAGGUUGUGCAACGGGUGACGGAGUAUGCAAAGCGCAUCCGCGAGUUGGAAAGUGGGGAGGGCGACGGUGACUCGAGGGAGGCUGCCCGUCGGCGGUUGUGCAGCGAGAUUAAGGAAGAUGCAUUGUUGUCGUCAUUGGUGGAGGUGUGA